AAAGAGGAAAUGUAAACAAAGCUAGACACAUGUCGAACCUGCCAGAGAUCGCAUUGAACUUCAUGCUCGGGCUAGACCCCGCCAGGUGUGUAACAGAAGAAAAGAUAGCCUGUCAGCUGCCUUGUGUCCAAGAUUUGUUCUCCAGGAAAAAUGGAGUCAAAAGUUUCAGCGAUGAAGAGAUGCCACAUGUCAUGGAGAGUGUCUGCAUGCCUGACACCACGCGACAAGACAGCGUGGCGACGUGUUCCAGCGAGGGAUCGCUCGACGCCUCACCGCUGACGCAAGACGGAGGCUGCUCAGUCACCCCUGACAACUCGCGCUCAUGUACACCUUCCUCCAUGAGCUGCUUGCUGAGCCCCAUCAGUAAGGAUUCCCGCUCAGCCGACAGCUCGCAGUGUGAAUGCAAGGACACACCCCCUCCGCCUUUGACAUGCAAGUGGAAAGACUGUGAAUGUGAAGACUUCGAACCGCAUGGAAUCUUGGAACACAUCAAGUCAAAACAUGUGGAUUCUCAGAAAGGGAAAAAAGUCUCAUGCCUGUGGGAAGGGUGUAAGGUGUAUAGUGUACAGUCCAAAUCACGAGCGUGGCUCGAACACCACGUGGUGUGUCAUUGUGGCGAUAAGCCCUUCCGAUGCAUUGUGGAUGGGUGCUCUUUGAGUUUCACGUCACAUAAGUUAUUGGAGAAGCAUGUUAACAAUCAUUUCAAGUUACAGCAGGUGCAGGGUCCCAGGCAGGCCAAGUCACGCGAGGACACGCCCACCAAGAUGUGGAAACGGAGGAAGUGUCGUCGAAGUCGGCCUCCUGGGGUGAAACAGGUGGAUUUUUUUGAUGAUGGUAUAAUGGAGAGGAUACAGGAGGACCUGACCCACACGACAGAACUCUCACACAUUGAUCUCAACGGCAGCUCCCACUCCGCCACAUUCCACAGCCAAGUUAUAGCAAAGAGAACUGAUCGCAAUGGGAAAGUCCAAGCCCUUCUUCACUGGCAGCCAGAGCAUGUAAUACCAGACUGCUGGGUUGCAGAGAAGGAGUUGGAGAAUUUUCAGAUGUGCACCAUCCCUCUCAAGCGACUACCUCAUCCGACGGCGGCCAACCUCCACUCCUCCAUCUACCGCCACAACCGGCGCCGCAAACACCGCAGGAAGUGACAUCACACAGGAAAUGACAGCACACAAUAACUAAGUUCCCCAAAGUGCAAAUAUUACAGACUCCUUAUAGAGAAUCCUGUGAUGCAUGUAUUUUCAUGACAUUUUUUUUUUGGUUUUGCUGGGCAACCAGAAAAAGGUUUUGAUUGCAAUAUAUGUAUUUUUUUUUUCUUUCCUUUAGGAUCUCAAAUUGCUAUAUGAUUACUGGAGAAUCAAAGUAAUUAUAAGAAUUUAUGUCAAUAUUUUUGAGAAGAUUUUUGUUGAAAGACUGUAAUGUAAUGGAAUUUGUGUGAUUUUUUUUUUAGCCGAAUUAGUUAAGAUAUUUUUGAUUUUGAU